AUGACGACUGUACAGGAAGCCUCGAAGAGCUCUCUCGAGCAUCUUCCCGUCGAGAUCAUCCAGCAGGUGUACGGGUUUCUCGAUCUGAACUCGAUCAAGCCUCUAGCACUCUCAUCCAAGCAUCUCCUAGCGGCAUUUCAACGCGCUGAGGGUCACAUCGUGUACGCCUCAAUCAAGCACACUCUCGAGCCUGAGAUCCUACCACUGGCCAUCGCCUACUUCGCCGCAGCCAAAGCAGGUUGGAGGCAGACCACAGACGUCACUCGUGAGACCAACUGGGAGGAGCUGUGCGUCAACGUCGACCAGUUUUGCGCGACGUACAUCGAUCAUCGCGGCAAGCAACCGUCACUCCCUGUCCAGGACUUCAGCUAUUCCGCAGGUCGAGACAUGAUCUCCUUCCACCACGACGUGAUGACAUUCGCAGUCAGCUACUUCCAAAUGUCGGAUGAGUUCAGACCAUCAGACCGUGAAUGCGGCCGCGUCCAGCGAACGACCUACAUCAUCGAGAUCAUCCGAACUCUGAUGCCCCUCCAGCCUCCCGAGAACAGCCCAGACCCACUGCAGGUGUUUUGGAAGUAUAUCUCGCCUUGGGAUUAUCGUCAGACCCGGUAUCUGCACCUGUGUGCCAUCGACACUGUUGGUCAAAUUUGCUGCCUCCGAUCCCCCACGGGCUAUCGCAGCUUGCUGGGCCAACACGAGCGUGGGCUCGCGGCUCGUUUUGGAGCCACCUUUGAGAGACUUUGCUUCGAGAAUAGCCCCGCGUGGUUGAGCAGUCAGAUUGACAGUGUGUGGCCGCGACGUCACAUCCCGAGACUUCGUUUCCGAGACGGACUCGAUCACGCUCUAGGCAGCUGGAGCUAUUUUGCAGACCCCAAUAGCCCCGACACCCUGAACGCGACAGCUCUUGGAGAUUUGCUGAAGCGAUUCCCAUCUCCCGAGGACAGAUUCGUCGUCAAUCUCUGGUUGCACGACGUUCUAGAUAUUGGGACAGCAGAGGAGCUUUUCGGCAAGUCAUUGCUAUAUUUCAUGGGUGAUCGCAUCAUGUUCUGGGACCGCGAAAGGGUUGAGCUGCACGCUCCAGACUACUGUGCUAUGGUCACAAGCGAUCAGCUGGUAGAGGCGGUGGACGGGAAGGUGGUCGACUACAGCGACAUGGAUCCCGAAUACGGAGAGUAA